GAAAAAUAAAUAAAAAGAUCAAUAAAAUCCAACACAUUACUACACUUACUCUUGCGAAACCGAAGUUGGAAGCCCGUUUUCCUUCAUCAAAUCUUUUCAGACCGAUCGCGGUCCUCGUUCUCGCACAAGGAGAGACAUCCUGAAAUUACGACAAGCUUAGGUCUCCCCUGCACAUCGAUUAGGUCCAGGAUUACCAUCCUAAAAGACAAUCCCUGUUCGAGGACGGACCAUUCAAAGCCGUAGCAGAUCAGCUUCUUAUAUCAUUGUACAGGUCAUAUUUCAUCAGAUUUCUCCCAACUUCGAGUGGACGUCGCUCUCCUCAUCAACACUAUCUCUAAAUCGUCACUAUUCGAAGAGGAAGAAGACUAAGAGCAGCACACUCGGUUCCCCAAUUCAGUCGUUCUCAGGCCGAAAUCUCAACGGGUCGGCAUGGCAACCCUUAGGAACCUGAAGAUCAAAACCAGUACUUGCAAACGGAUAGUUAAAGAGCUCCAUUCUUAUGAAAGGGAGGUUGAGAGAGAAGCAGCCAAGACUGUUGACAUGAAGGAAAAAGGAGCUGACCCCUAUGAUCUUAAGCAACAGGAGAACGUGUUGGCCGAGUCAAGAAUGAUGAUUCCCGAUUGUCACAAGCGUUUGGAGGCCUCACUAGUUGAUCUAAAAGGAGCUUUGGCGGAACUGGAGGAAACCAAUCAGCAAGGUGCAGAAAUUGAGGAAGCCCGAACUAUCAUUGCAGAGGUUGAGGCCUUGACUCAAAAGAUUGAGGCUUAGCAUCAAUUCAUGAAUCUUUGAUCGCACUUGUUAGGAAUUUGUAUGAUGUAAUUUGCCUUUGAUUAUGGGGUAAGUGUAGUAAUGUGUUGGAUUUUAGUGUUCUUUUUAUUUAUUUUUCCUUUUCAGUGAGCUUGUAUCUCAUAAGGUUUAUUUGCCUUUGAGAAAAAACAAAAUCAACCAUGCUGUCGAACACCCCCUAAGUUGGUUGAGAGCUCCUUCGUGAGCUUGAACUGCGUUUUGAUUUCAGAGAUGUGUUUUGAAUGUUUAAAGUUUAGACUAA